GGCGGGCUCUCGCCCCUCCCCUCCACGCCGCCUUCCGCGCUCCGGGUCGGGGCGUCAUGGCGGCGGCCCUGCUGGAGCUGGCGAACUGGAGCACCUGGGCGGUGUGCGCCGUCAUCAAACUGCCGCAGCUGGCGGCCGUGCUGAAGGCCGGGUCGGCGCGGGGGCUCAGCCUGGGCAGCCUCGUGCUGGAGCUGGCGGGCUUCGUUGUGUUUCUGAGGUACCAGAUUUAUUAUGAUUACCCUCUGCAGACAUACCUGGAAUAUCCCAUCAUCAUCGCUCAAGAUGUCAUUCUCCUUUUGCUUAUUCUGCAUUUCAGUGGAAACAUGAAACAAGGUUUGCUUUAUGCAGUCACGUUCUGGGGGGGCUGGUACACACUAACGCUGCGGAGGUGGAUCAUAGACCUGGCCAUGAACUUGUGCACGCUGAUCAGUGCGGCGAGUAAGCUCGCCCAGCUGCGGUGCCUGUGGCAGACCAGAGAUUCCGGACAAGUGAGCGCCUUGACCUGGAGCAUGUCUGCAUACACAUGUGCAACAAGAAUAUUUACAACUGUAAUGACUACAAAUGAUCUGAUCGGGUGAAGAUGCGUCCUUCCAGAGUUCUUUAGGUAUGCAGGAUUACAUACACUUAAGACUUCAUAAUUUUGCUCCCUCAUGCAGCAGUUCAUUCACCGUCUCUUUCAUUUUGAAAGAUCACUUAAAUCUCAUAGUUUCUGUCAGAUCAAUGGAGCGAGAGCAGUACUGAUCAAAUCUAGCGGCACUCUUGCAAUAGCAAGUAUCAGGAAGUUACUUGCCUUUCUCACCCUUAUAAAACAAUGCUUCCUGCCUACAAAGGGGUAAAGAUUCAAAACCCCAAACUUCGUAGCAAGACCUGGUCCCCACAGGCAUCUUGGAGCUGUGGUUUAUGGUGAGCUCUUUCACUCAUUGCAGCAGUUCUGGAAAGAACUAGACCAGAUGUGUUCAGACACAGCGUUCUUUUCUGCCACAUACAUCUCAGUAGGCUCGUCUCAUUUCUUAGGUGAGCAUGUCUGGGUACAUCACCUACUUUACAGGCAACUUCAACUAAGAGCAUGAGUGAGUUUCAGAACUGCUCUGUCAACAUCUUUUAAAGAGAUUCAAAUGAAAACUCCUUACCACUCUCGUGACAGAGAUUUCAAAGCAGUAUGCAAACCCCUUGAUCCACGGGACACAGAUAAUCCCUGAAGUAGCUUAUAGUGUCACUGCAAGAUUAUAUUACAAAUGCUCACACUCCUAACGAACAUCCAAAACUUCCUGAGAAACUACAUACAGAAAGCACAGUAUGUCUAGCAGAAGGUUUGCUGGCCAUGGUGACUCAAGAGAGCCACUGGAUGCCUACGAAACAUCCAGAAUCUUCGAGAGAGAGGUGGUAAGAGAUCCAGACACUUGCAGUGAAACAUCAGUAAUGCUUUACAUUUGCUGACCGUCGAAGAACUUCAGCUUCCGUGUUCCCAAAUCCCUGGAAGAACUAUGGUCUACAUCUUGUUUUAGAUACAGCAUCAGCCACACUAAGAAGCGCAAGAACUACUGAGUUCUGUUGCACACGUGCUUGGUGCUCAAUUUGGCAUCGCUGUGAGAGGCUGAGUUUUGGCAGGAGCCACUGGAACUAGGGAAGUGCAGCAGACAACCAGGACAGACAUGGAAAUUACUUUCAGGAAGGCCCUUGUGACAGCCAACACAAGGGGGCCUUGCUGCAGGGAGCCUGCUUCGCAGCUGGGUUGGACUCGAUGAUCUCCAUAGGUCCCUUCCAACCCCUACAGUUCUGUGAUUCUGUGACAUACAUGGCUCAGAUGGGGUCUUCUUGUCCAGCUUCUGUGCUGGUGAGCACCUGGAGGGAAACCAAACUUCUCUGCGUAUGUCUUGAGCUGCUGGCUCCCAGUUUGACUCCUGAUUUUUCCAGAAGGUUAAUCUGCAGCUUGGCUAUGCUACUCUCAUGAAACAACAGGACUUGCAACAAGAUAAUUUUUAUAGAUAAAAUCAGCCAGGCCAUAAAAACGUCCUGUUUGCUGCAGCAGCCCUGUUACAAAAAUAAACUGUAUAAAACAUCCAUUCCUUAGUCUCCUGAUAUUCUUCUCUCUCCAAAAUUUUAAAUGGUUCUUACUGGACAACAGGGAGGCACCGCAACCUGCAGGAACUAACAUUAAUGGGGUCUUUUCAGUCCACAGAUCAGCAGAUGGAAGCUUUGACACAUGAGAAAGACAGAAAAAUUGCUGUGGCUUUUCUUUCCUGGGUACAAAACAAAGGCUGUUCACAUCAUACCGUUGGCCAAAUUAACAUUCACAUUACAGCUCAACAUUGCCCACACAGUUCCUUUCUUUUGGGACACAACUGCAUGUAGGAGAACUGAGGAAUGCUACAGUACUUUCAUCCCCAGAGGCACUGGGAAUUCAAACACAGUUCUUGAGGACCCUAUUCUAAGGUGGCUUUGCUUUGCAGGAGAGCUCCAACCAGCAGACCUCCUGUGCUCCGUUUCAGCCCCUAUCAUUCUACAAUAGCUUCUCAAUACAGCCUGCUGUAUGUGUACCUAGCUAGUAACUAUUUAUAUAGGCAUAGAAUGUAUAAACUGUGGCUAGUAAAUAGUAUAAGACAGUACAUUUCCUAAAAUACCAGGCAUGACACAGCUGCAGGGAUUCACAAUAGAUGAGGGCAAGACAUGAGGACAUGAAGUACAACAGAUCCAACC